UCUGUGAAUAGAAUGGAGCAGUAUGGUGAGUCCUGAGCCUUGGCCUCCAGGUGAACUCCAACCAACCGUUCUGCUAUUGCUUUAAGCCUCUGUCCAGGUGCUGUGGCUUUGGCUCCAUUCAAAAAGGGCUAAGGGGUCGGGGUGGAAGGGUCCUUCUAUUCCUCUGAUACUCCGAGUGGAUCCCAGGCAUCUCUGGGCUGGAGUUACAUCCUUACUCAUGCAGUAAUUCCCUCUCCAGCCAAGGUCCACCUUAAUGAGCCAGGAUGCUGCGCAUUAUCAGGCAGCUCAGACAGCUACUGACCUCCGUGACUAUCUUUUCCUCAGACUCCAGUCCCUUGUGGGUUCUGCUCCUGUGUGUCCACGUCAUCAAUGUGCCAGCCAGAGCCGCACCUAUACCUCAGAGCACUACAGCUGCCAUUGCCUCAGCUGGGAUCACGCAGGACCCCUACUCCUUUGGGCCCCCAACACUCCCAACAGCUAAGCAGUGCCCAGCAUUGGAGAUGACCUGGCCAGAGGUGGAAGUACCACCAAAUGGAACACUGACACUGUCCUGUACCGGCUGCAGCCGCUUCCCCUUCAGCAUCCUCUACUGGCUGGGCAAUGGUUCCUUCAUCAAGCACCUCCCAGGCCGGCUGCGGGAGGGCAGCACCAGUCGGGUUCAUGGGAGCACAAGCACCUGGCUGCGGGGGGCCUUGGUGGUGGAGGAGCUGAGCCCUGCCCUGCGCAGCACCAAUUUCUCCUGUGUUCUCAUCGAUCUUGUACAGACUGCCCAGCAUCACGUCGUCCUGGCCCAGCUCUGGGCUGGGCUGAAGACAACCUUGCCUCCCACUCAAGAAGUCCCCCCCUUCAGCCACCACCCAGGGCUACAGCUGCCCACAUCAGCAGGGCCAGGAAUCAGCGCACAAUCCCAACAGCAGGACAGCAACCUUGACCACAGCCGGGGUCCCGCUUACCUGGAAGGUUAAUAUAAUCCUAAUCGCAAGCAGCACUUCCUCCCCCACCACACCCCUGCCCUGCCUUGGACUUGGCUCGGGAGUCCCCUCCUCUGAAGGUUCCUGUUCUGGUUCCCUCCUGUCCAUCUCCCUGCUCUCACCAAGUUCAAACUCUCUUCUCAUCUACCUAGAAAAUUAUAAUCUCCUAAAUGCUUCCUCCUCCUACCUGCCUUUCUCUUUCCAUCCACUUAAUUUUCCUGAUGUCCUACUCAGAAACCUCCAAGACCUAUCAGCAUCUUAGCCCAGUAUCCCAGGACGCUGGCUACAUUUCCAGUAUAACUCUCCAGCAUCCCAAGUAUUCAUCCUUGUUCCCAGACAACUCUCACUUCUGGUCCUUUGGUCAACCCUAUUUCAGAUCUGGCCACAUUCUGUAUGGACUUACUGUUGUAUCUGUAUUUCCGCCUCUAAUGGACUGCCCCAGGGAAGAGAGGAGGGCAGAGGCUGCUUGUGAUCCACGGCUGUAUCUUUAUGGACCCAGCAGGGCCCACAGUGGGUACUCAUAAAUACUGAAUGGAGACAUCUUUUGCAUCUGCUUAUUUAAGCCUAAGUUUCACUGGCAGGACCCUGGCCUCCCUAUGAGGGAGUAUAGAAGAAAGGGACUGCCACUCAGCAGCUAAAGACAAAACCAGACUCAGGAACAUAACCCACUGCCAUCGUGAUUCUGACUCAUAGCGGCCAUGUAGGACAGAGUAGAACUGCCCCACGGGGUUUCCGAGGCUGUACAUCUCUUCAGAAGCAGACUGCCACACCUUUCUCCCAGAGCUGGUGGGUUCUAACCUUUCGGUUAGUAGCUGAGCACGUAGCCACUGUGCCACCAGGGCUCCCUCGGUGGAACAUAGGUCCUCAGGAGAAAAAAAAAAAAAAAAGCCCAUAAUGCUCUGCAGAAGCAGAGCCCAGAAAUGGAGCAUGGCGGGAUCCUGGGGAAAAAUAU